AUGGCUGGAGGAGCCUUUGUGUCAGAUGGUGGUAGUGGAGGAAGCUAUGAAGGUGGAGUCACUGGCUUUGUCAUCAUCACAUGUAUUGUGGCCGCUAUGGGAGGUCUCCUCUUCGGUUACGACCUAGGAAUCUCAGGUCUGAGGAGUGACAUCAAUGGAGGAGUUUCUGGCAAGUUUUUCCCGGAAGUGGAUAGGCAAAUGCACAAUGCUAGACGCGAGACUGCUUACUGCAAAUUUGAUAACCAACUGCUCCAGUUGUUUACGUCCUCACUUUACCUCGCUGCCCUUGUGUCUUCCUUUGCAGCUUCAAUUGUGACAAGGAAGUACGGACGCAAAAUCUCCAUGUUUGUUGGAGGUGUUGCUUUCCUCAUUGGUGCUCUAUUCAAUGCAUUUGCAGUGAACGUUGCAGUGCUCAUCAUCGGUAGACUGUUGCUUGGAGUUGGUGUUGGGUUUGCUAAUCAGUCUACUCCAGUUUACCUCUCAGAGAUGGCCCUUGCCAAGCUCAGAGGAGCACUCAACAUAGGAUUUCAAAUGGCUAUUACUAUUGGCAUUCUGAUUGCAAACCUGAUUAACUACGGAACAUCUAAAAUGGCUAGGAACGGAUGGAGAGUGUCUUUAGGUCUAGCUGCUGUUCCAGCAGUUGUAAUGGUUAUAGGAUCAUUUGUCUUGCCAGACACGCCAAACUCAAUGCUCGAGAGAGGCAAGUAUGAACAAGCAAGAGAGAUGUUACAAAAGAUUUGUGGAGCUGAUAAUGUCGAUGAGGAGUUUCAAGAUCUUUGUGAUGCUUGUGAGGCUGCUAAAAAAGUGGAUCACCCUUGGAAGAACCUUUUCCUACAAGCUAAAUACAGACCUGCUCUUGCUUUCUGUUCUGCAAUACCUUUCUUCCAACAGUUCACUGGUAUCAAUGUGAUCAUGUUCUAUGCUCCUGUUCUCUUUAAAACUCUCGGUUUCGCUGAUGAUGCCUCGCUCAUCUCUGCGGUCAUCACUGGUGUGGUCAAUGUUGUCUCUACUCUUGUCUCCAUCUAUGCGGUUGACAGGUAUGGAAGAAGGAUUCUGUUCCUUGAAGGUGGCAUCCAAAUGAUCAUUUGCCAGAUCAUUGUUGGUACCUUGAUUGGUGUGAAGUUUGGAACCACAGGAUCAGGGACCUUGACACCUGCAACAGCAGAUUGGGUGCUAGCUUUCAUAUGCAUAUAUGUAGCAGGAUUUGCAUGGUCAUGGGGUCCACUAGGAUGGUUAGUGCCAAGUGAGAUCUGUCCUUUGGAAAUCAGGCCAGCGGGACAAGCCGUCAAUGUUUCUGUCAAUAUGUUUUUCACUUUUCUCAUUGGACAAUUCUUCCUCACGAUGCUUUGUCACAUGAAGUUUGGUCUCUUUUACUUCUUUGGAGGUAUGGUUCUGAUCAUGACCAUCUUCAUCUACUUCUUGUUGCCGGAGACGAAAGGGGUUCCUAUUGAAGAAAUGGGAAGAGUGUGGAAGCAGCAUCCAUUCUGGAAACGUUACAUCCCUGAUGAUGCUGUUAUUGGAGGAAGUGAAGAGACUUAUGUCAAGGAGGUUUAA